AUGUUUUCUAUUAUCUUUUUCUCUAGAUUCUCUUACUCUACCGACGAUGACGAUGAUGAAAUGUUUGUAUGGGGAGAUAUUUCUAAGAAGUUCCAGCCCAAAUCAAUAGAUUGGAGUAAAGCGCCAUUAUAUGAUGUCAUUAUUCUUGGAAGUGGACCAGCAGGAAGUACUGCAGCACUAUAUUCUGCUAGAGCGGCACUGAAAACACUUGUAUUUCACGGCCAUCUCCUAGGCGGUCAAUUAACAACUACCACAGAAAUCGAAAACUUUCCCGGAUUCACAGGAACCGGAACUAAUUUAGUGAACAAAAUACAAACGCAAGCGACAGCAGCCGGUGCAAUCUAUAAAAAAGAAUCAAUUACAAAAGUAAAUCUCACAACAAGUCCGAAACGAAUAGAAACUGAUUUAGGAAACGCAUAUUUAGCUCAUUCAAUUAUUAUUGCUACCGGUGCAAACCCAAGAUUUUUGAGUUUAAAGAACGAAGAAAAUUUCCGAAACAGAGGAUUAUGUGUUUGCGCUACAUGUGAUGGUGCCCUUUACGCAAACAAAGAUGUUGCCGUUGUCGGAGGUGGCGAUUCCGCAGUUCACGAAUCGAUAUACUUAAGUAACAUUUGUAGCUCAGUUAAACUCUUUGUCAGAUCAUCAGAAUUACGUGCGUCAGCAGCCAUGAAGCAAGUCCUUGCAAAAUCUACCGUUGAAGUAAUCUAUAAUACCGAAAUCAAAGGUUAUUUAGGACAACAAUUUUUAACAGCUGUUGAUACGAAGAAUUCCAAGACAGGAGAAGUAAAGAGAUAUAAACUAUCAGCUGUGUUCCUUGCCAUAGGACAGAACCCUGCAACAAAAGAGUUUGAAGGACAGCUAGAACUCGAUAAAAACAAAUACAUUGUUCUCAAAAAUGGAGCUGAAACUUCUGUAAAAGGAGUCUUUGCUGCUGGAGAUGUUGCAAAUCCUGAAUAUAGACAGGCUAUUUAUGCUGCUGGGACAGGAUGCCAAGCUGCCCUUCAGGCAGAAAAGUAUAUAUCACAAGUGAAAGCUAUUUAA